AAUACUGAAAGCAUAAAAUCCAAAACGGUAUCUAAUAUCUAACCGAUGCUCGUACAUGCCAUAACCGGCUGAACCAUUUUUUGUUUGACGGAAUUGUUUCGUCGUUAAGAAAUCGCAACUACACCAAAAUUCAAUCCAAAUCCAACAGGAGCCCUGCUGCUCCGGCGACGAUCGUUCCCGCCCCCCACCCCCUCUCUCUCUCGUUUGUCGUCUCUGUCUCUCUCUUGUCAUCUCUCUCUCCUUCAGGUCGUUGUUUCUGGGGAUAAUUGAGAUACCUUAAACCUAAUACUUUUAGAGGGGGCCUGAAGCGGUGCCUUUCUAAGGCUUCUGCCCAGGGCCGGCCCUGCACUCUCCAUUGUUCAAUUAUACUAGGGUUUCAAAUAUCGAUUCGAAUUUGUAUCAUACAACAAUCGUCGAGCGAUCGAACAAUACGCAUGGGGAACAUUUUCGUGAAGAAACCCAAGGUGACUGAGGUUGACAAAGCAAUCCUCUCUCUCAAGACCCAAAGACGUAAGCUUGCCGAUUAUCAGCGACAGCUCGAUGCCGUCAUUGAAGCUGAAAAGCAAGCUGCAAAGGACUUGCUUCGUGAAAAGAAGAAAGAAAGGGCCUUGUUAGCAUUGAGGAAGAAGAAGGUGCAAGAAGAAUUAUUAAAACAAGUCGAUGCCUGGCUAAUUAAUGUUGAGCAGCAAUUGGCAGAUAUUGAACUGGCAAGCAAGCAAAGGGCUGUGUUUGAGAGUUUGAAAUCAGGUAAUGAGGCAAUGAAGAAAAUCCAAAGCGAGAUCAACUUGGACGAUGUCCAGAAAUUGAUGGAUGAUACUGCCGAAGCAAAAGCAUAUCAAGAUGAAAUUAAUGAAAUUUUGGGCGAGAAACUAUCUGCAGAAGAUGAAGAGGAAAUAUUAGCAGAAUUUGACAAUCUUGAAUCUCAGAUCACUCUUCAAGAUAUGCCUGAAGUUCCUGCUAGGGUGCCAUCUGUCGAGGAGGAUGACGAAAAGUUGGACCUUCCUGAUGUACCAACAAAAGCGCCAGUUGCUCUGGAGGUGGUGGUUGAUGAUGCUCAAGAUGCUUCAGCUGGUGUAUCCGCAAGAAAAAAAGUUAUGGAGGAACCUUUGCCUGCUUAAAUGGGAAGAAAACAUCUUGUCCUGAUACUGCUUUCGAUUGGAUGCUUUCGAGAUACAAACAUUGUGACGGACAAAUCCUGGAGGGCCCUUCGUGUGGCAGCCUGGAUUUUCGCUUGUACUUUAGUCUGCAUUUGCUUUGGACAUAAAUUAUUUUUCUGUAUGAUAUUCUACUCGUAUUCUGCUGUUUUGUUGGACAAGAACCGUGUAUAGUGUUUUCUUACAAAAAUGUUGGACCAGUUUGGAAUUCUUGGAAUACCGAGGAAUAUGAAUUGUUGUUUGAUUUGCCUUAA